CCCUCACCCAGCGCCGCGCAUGCGCCCUGACAGGUUUCCCGGCGGGGACGCGCGUAGCCCUGUCGCACACACAGUGACUCGGUGUCGGAGCUGCGGUGUUCGGACUAGUGAAGCUGUGACGGUGGGGCGCAGGGUGAGGAGAGGCCGCGGGGGGGUUUCCUUGCUGCCCCUGCCUCAUACUCUACUCCCCCCACCUUUUGUUGUUAUUGCCCUCCCCGGGGGGAACCGGGGCCUUUCCCAGUCCCUCCCCAUUCCCCCCCUCCCCCAGUGUCAUCAGCACCAGCCGAGGAUGCGGCCCGAUCCCGGGGAGGAUGAGUGCGGGCCCCUUCCCUAGGAUGUCAUCCGAGGACAAGAGCCUAGAGUCCGCCUGUGAGCAGCCCGGGCCCCAGGGCCCCGCCAGCCCCGCAGCCACGGACAAAAGACCCCGGGGCCGGCCCAGAAAGGAUGGUUCCUCCCCCCUACAGAGGGCCCGGAAGAAGCCUCGUAGUAGAGGAAAAGCUGCUUUGGAGGAUGAAGAUAGCAUGGAUGGGCUUGAGGGAGCAGAACCUGAAAACUCUGCAGACACAGACAUUAAAGAACAACCUGUGGAGGAGGGAGCAGCGAGUGACGCAGCCGGCAUCGCACAGCUAACACCCGCCCUGCAACAUUCGUUAUUGGAGGAGUCCGAGCGCUCCACUGCCUCUGUUGGAGUCCAAGCCAAAACCAGUGAACAACUUUGCGCCUUUUGUUAUUGUGGAGAAAGAAGUCUCUUGGGUCAGGGAGAACUGAAGCUGUUUAGGCCAACGCCAGGCUUUCCUCUGCCAUGGAAAACACAUUCAGAGACGACGGACACUGAGAGCAAUGAUGAGACAUGCAAAAACAGCGGAAGGACAGAGAAACAAAGAGGGCCAAGAAAAGCAAAGUCUCCACAAAAUGGCGGCGCAUGCGCAAAUGCGAGUACCCAGACCUCAUCUGACGAACCAGCCGGCAAAUUCUGGGAUGAACUGUGUCAAGUUGGUCUUCUGGAUGAUUUCCAUAUUCAAGCCUUAUUCGAGCCCUCAGGUCACUGCUGGGCUCACCUCCGCUGUGCACAAUGGUCACCGGGCGUGCACCAGAAUGAAGAGCAAGAGCUGGUCAGUGUGGACAAAGCAGUUCUCUCAGGGAGCACAGAAAGAUGUGCAUACUGUAAGCACCUUGGCGCUACUAUAAAAUGCUGUGAAGAGACUUGUACGCAGACCUACCAUUACCCUUGUGCGGCCGGUGCUGGCACUUUUCAGGAUCUGAAUUGCUUAACCCUUUUGUGUCCGGAGCAUAUCGACCAAGCACUUGAGAGAUCUAAGGAAGAUGCAAACUGUGCGUUGUGCGACAGCUCUGGAGACCUGUUGGACCAGCUCUUCUGUACAACUUGCGGGCAGCAUUACCAUGGCAUGUGUCUGGAUAUUGCAGUGACGCCGCUGAAGCGAGCUGGCUGGCAGUGCCCAGAUUGCAAGGUCUGCCAAAACUGCAAGCACUCUGGGGAUGAUAACCAGAUGCUUGUAUGUGACACUUGUGAUAAAGGAUACCAUACGUUUUGCCUGCAGCCCGUAAUGGACUCUGUUCCAACAAAUGGCUGGAAAUGUAAGAACUGUAGAAUAUGUACAGAGUGUGGGACCCGGACGAGCAGCCUUUGGCACCUCAACUGUUUGUUAUGUGACCCCUGUUUCCAGCAGCAAGUCAGCUUGCCGUGCCCAAUCUGUGACAAACCCUUACAGCCUGAGCUACAGAAAGACAUGCUGCAUUGCCAUGUGUGCAAAAGGUGGAUUCAUCUAGACUGUGAAAAAUGUACAGAAAAUGAUAUAGAUGAUCAGUUAAAAGAAGACUAUGCGUGCACUUUGUGUAAACAACUUGCCGAGGAAGCUGAGCCUGGUGAUCACUGUGUUGGAAUGGAAGUAACCGAAUCAAACAACGUUUGCACAGGAGAAAUGGAGAUGGAUACUGGUAGAAAAACGACAUUUCAAGAUAAAGCACUUAAUCACAAUAAUAUUGCUCCGGAUUCAACAACUGUUUGCAUCACUGAAGAGACACCAUUGCACAAUGAAAAAGCUAAAUUGGAAAAUGAUUUUUCCCACUCAGACGAUCCAGAAGAAAUGGAAACCUCUCAUGCUGAAAUUGAAAACCCAAUGCCAGAAGGGGUCAAGGAGAAGGCUGAAAGGGAAAGACACUUGCUACUACCGCAGUCUGUUUCCCGGCACGACGGGCCAAAGUCUGUUCUGCCGCCAGAAACGGAGGCUUCUGUAAAGGAUAAAACAGCAUCAAAAACCCUGGAGGUUUCUCAUAAAUCUCCCAUGUCUGAGAGCAAGGUGGAGUCUUGUUCAAAGAUGGCUGAGCACUUUGAUUCAACUGGGGGUCACGAAGGCACUGCGCAAGAGAACAAUGAUCCUCUUGUUCCUGAAACCCCUCAUGUGGGGGAAAUGGAGGCCACCCCUACCAGCGAAUCGUUAACGGAAGCCGGUUCACCCUUCGUCGACAAAGCUUUAAAAUCGCCCGCGGGCAUGGAUUCUCCCGUCACAUCUGUUGACACGAGUAAGACCAGUGUGUCCUCCUCCCCAGCAGUUUCCAUAGACUUUCAUCCUUCCCAUGACCUCUAUCAAAGCCAGACUCCUGUCACUUCGCAUAGCACAGGGAAUGCCUUUCCAACCACCUUUAUCUCUGUGACUCCAAAAAUUGGCAUGGGUAAGCCAGCUAUCACCAAAAGGAAGUUUUCUCCCGGCAGACCCAGAUCGCGACAGGGGGCUUGGAGUUCCCAUAAUACAGUGAGCCCACCUUCCUGGUCCCCCGAUGGCUCAGAAGGUUGGGACAUUUUAAAAAGCAGACAGCUUCUCGGCAAUCCAUAUUGGAGCAUCAAAGUGGGACGAGGCUCAGGAUUUCCUAAGAGAAGACCACGUGGUUCGGGGCUCUCAGGGCGCGGCGGGCGAGGGCGCGCAAAAUUAAAAGCUCCAAUUAACAACUUCAUAUUUCCAGGGAUAACCACGUUUGAUGUGUCAUCGUACAAAGAGGAGGAAGAAACUUCAAUGCACAAUACAGUUGUUUUAUUUUCCAGAAGUGACAAGUUCACCUUAAAUCAGGAUAUGUGUGUUGUAUGUGGUAGCUUUGGCCAAGGGGCCGAAGGAAGGUUACUCGCUUGCUCCCAGUGUGGACAGUGUUACCAUCCCUACUGUGUCAGUAUUAAGAUAACUAAAGUGAUCCUGCGCAAAGGCUGGAGGUGCCUGGAGUGCACCGUGUGUGAAGCCUGUGGGAAAGCUACAGACCCUGGAAGGCUGCUUCUCUGUGACGACUGUGACAUCAGUUACCAUACGUUCUGCCUGGAUCCUCCAUUACAGACAGUCCCCAAGGGAGGCUGGAAGUGCAAAUGGUGCGUCUCUUGCACAAACUGCAAAGCAAUAACUCCAGGAUUAAGGUGUGAAUGGCAAAAUAAUUACACACAAUGUGCCCCUUGCGCCAGCCUGUCUGCCUGUCCUGUCUGCUGCCAGAACUACAUCGAAGAGGAACUUAUCCUUCAGUGCAGACAGUGUAUUAGGUGGUCCCAUGCAAGCUGUCAGAACCUGAACACAGAGGCAGAGGUUGAACUGGCUGCAGACAGCGGGUUUGACUGUGCGGCAUGCAAGCCAUUUGUAGUAUCACAUGAAGUCAUUGAACCAACAAUUGAUGCUCAGAUUAUUCCAAAAACAAGAGAUUCUGAUGUGCUGAAGACAUUCACACAGGAUGGAGUUUGCCUGACAGAGUCAGGGCUCUCACAGUUACAGAGCUUAACAAUCACAGUCCAGCGGAAGAAGAGAUCUAAACCAAAGCUGAAGUUAAAAAUAAUUAAUCAAAACAGUGUGGCCGUACUGCAGACACCCCCCUAUCCCCAGUCCGAACACUCCAGAGAUGGAGAAAUGGACGAUAGCAGAGAAGUGGAUCUUAUGGACUGUGAUGUAAAAUCAGACUCCAGCCCUGAACGGGAACCUAUAGAUGAUGACUCUAAGAGCACAGAAGUAAUGGAUGGAUUGAAAAAACGCAAGAGAAAGCCAUACAGGCCAGGUAUUGGUGGAUUUAUGGUGCGCCAAAGAAGCCGAACUGGUCAAGGAAAAUCUCGAAGGUCACUUUCCAGGAAAGAUUCUUCAGGUUCCGUUUCUGAGCUCCUUCCAGGCAAAGAUGAAAGCUGGAGUGAACAGCUGCCAGAAACUCCCUUGGAAGAUUGUAUUCCUGGCUCCGACGGCACAGAGAAAAUAAAGAAACGAUACAGAAAAAAGAAAAACAAACUGGAAGAAACCUUCCCUGCAUAUUUACAGGAAGCGUUUUUUGGCCGCAAUCUUUUGGAUACUAGCAGGCAAAGCAAGGCAAGCACUGAGAAUCUGACUGAAGAUACGUCGCACAUUUUGUACAGAGCGAAUGUCAACACAAGCUUUCUGGAUCCUUCUUCAGAUCCAAUGCUCAGUUCCGCUGCAACUUUUACUCCUUCUAAGCAAUCUGAAGGUAGCACGCGGGAUCCUCUUGCUGACCUGUCUGAGGUCUUAAACACAGAAGAUGAUAUAUUUGGGAUUCUUACAGACGACACAAAUCCAACUGGUAUGUCCACAAAAGGUCUUGAUUUAUGCACUUUCCAGGUGGAAAAUUCACCCUCUCCUUUUGCUGGCCUUGAUAUUGGUACCAUGUCGGACGAUUCGUCGGCUCUGACUCAAUCCAGUGUCGCACAGACCUCCCGUCCUCUAAGUGAGGAUCAGCUGGAUGGGAUCCUGAGCCCUGAGCUUGACAAAAUGGUUACAGAUGGUGCAAUUUUGGGGAAAAUGUAUAAAAUUCCAGAGCUUGAAGGAAAAGAUGUUGAAGAUUUAUUUACAGCUGUGCUGAGUCCUCUAGCCACCCAUCCGCCAUCUUUGCCACAACCGCCACCACCUUCAGCUCAUCCUCAUCCUCCACAUACACAGCUCUUGCCUUUGCACAACCAGGGCAAUGGCUUUUUUCCAAGAAUGCCUAUGGUCAACGGCCUGAUGCCACCCAAUUCUCAUCUCCAGCACAACCCUUUGGCUCCCGGAGCUGGACUGGGCACUUUCUCUCCUUUAGCACAUCCACCUUAUGCGGAGAGCAGGGAAAAGGCCCCGCUGUUCCGUAGCAUGGGAAAUGAGCCCGCCGGUUCCUGGCCUACUCAGGCACAAAGCUUGGAGAGUGAAGGUGAUACAAUGUCCAAUGCACAGCGGAGCACAUUGAAAUGGGAGAAGGAAGAAGCACUUGGCGAGAUGGCAACUGUCGCACCCGUGUUAUACACAAACGUCAACUUUCCCAAUCUCAAAGAUGAGUUUCCCGACUGGGCUACUAGGGUGAAACAGAUUGCUAAACUUUGGAGAAAAGCCAGCUCCCAAGAAAGAGCCCCAUAUGUGCAAAAGGCCAGAGAUAACCGGGCAGCGCUGCGCAUCAACAAAGUGCAAAUGUCAAACGAUUCCUUGAAAAGACAGCAGCACGAAAUCUUGGAGCACAGCAGGAUAGAGUCGGAUCUUUUCAAGGAUCCACUGAAACAACGGGAAUCUGAGCAUGAGCAGGAGUGGAAAUUCAGACAGCAAAUGCGUCAGAAAAGCAAACAGCAGGCUAAAAUUGAGGCCACGCAGAAACUUGAGCAGGUGAAGAGUGAACAGCAACAGCAGCAGCAACAGCAGUUUGGGUCCCAGCAGCAUCUGAGCCAGUCUGGAAGCGAUACCCCAAAUAGUGGCAUUCAGAGCCCUCUGACACCACAACCGGGAAGUGAGAACAUGUCCCCUGUUCAGCAGGGCUUUAAUAAAGACAUUUUUUCCAAACAGCCAAUGCCUGGAACACCAACGUCAUUUUCAGAUGAUGUUUUUCUAAAACCACAAGCUCCUCCCCCAACCCCAACAAGAAUACCUUUACAGGACUCCUAUCAAUUCUCUCAGUCCUCACAGCCACCAUCCCCACAGAUGUUUUCUCCAGGUUCUUCAAACUCUAGACCUACAUCUCCCGUUGAUCCGUAUGCUAAGAUGGUUGGGACACCGAGGCCCCCUCCAACAGGUCAGACAUUUCAUAGACGGAACUCUAGGUCACCUGUGGAUGUUUGUCCUUCCAGAACAAGCUCAGGGUGUGAGAUGAACGAUAAUCGACCAUCUCCUGUAAGAGACUCAUGUUCAUCUCCUGUCGGCAGUGAUCCAUCUCUAAAGAUACCUCAUUCUCAACGAUCAUUGAUGUCCUCAGAAUCCCUUUCCAAACUGACAGGAGUAGGGAGGCUGCCUGUUAAUGCCGACCAGGCUUUAGAAGGUUCUUUAAUGCUUGGAAGCAAUGAUUCUUUUGCAAGACUUCCUUCUAGGUCAGAUGUGUUUCAGAGACAGCAAAUGGCACAUUCUAAAGUUGUUGAUCAGUAUAAAAGACCGCCUUUAGCCCCAACUCCUGGCAUUGCUGAUGGCAGUUCAGCUCCGUUUAAAACUCCCAUGCGCCCGCCUCAGUCCCCACAAGAAUCCUACGGUUUGUCCAUUACUUCUCGACGCCUAUCUGCAGAUCCAUACGAAAGGCCGCCCUUGACACCCAGGCCAGCUGAAAAUUUCUCACAUGAUCCUUAUAGCCAGUCAGCCCUAAGCAGUCAUCCUGCAUUAAAUGAACCAUUUGUGCAUCCACAUAGGGUUGUGAGACUGCAUAACGACACCAUUUCUAGAACAAAUACACAGGACCCAUAUGCUCAGCAACCAGGGACGCCACGCCCUGUAAGCAAUCCCUUUUUACAAUCUCCUAGAUCUGCAGUUAUUGACCAUUACAUUCAGCAGCCUUCCAGACCACCUGUACAGCCAGCUGACCCAUACAGCCAGCCUCCAGGUACACCAAGACCUAAUAUGGGAGAUAUGUUUGUUCCGCCUACUAUGAGUAAGAGACACCAUGAUCCAUUUUCACCUGGAAAUUCAAGGCAAGUUGUGGAUCCAUACUCUCAGCAGCCAGGAACUCCGAGGCCUGUCUCUGUAGAUCCAUAUUCUCAGCCUCCUGGAACUCCAAGACCAGUCCCAUCUGAUCCUUAUGCUAAGCCUCCUGGAACACCAAGACCAGUCCCUUCUGAUCCAUAUUCCCAGCCUCCUGGAACACCAAGACCAGUCCCUUCUGAUCCAUAUUCCCAGCCUCCUGGAACACCAAGACCAGUCCCUUCUGAUCCAUAUUCCCAGCCUCCUGGAACUCCAAGGCCAAUCCCUUCUGAUCCAUAUUCUCAGCCUCCUGGAACUCCAAGGCCAAUCCCUUCUGAUCCAUAUUCUCAGCCUCCUGGAACUCCAAGGCCAAUCCCUUCUGAUCCAUAUUCUCAGCCUCCUGGAACUCCAAGGCCAGUCCCUUCUGAUCCAUAUUCUCAGCCUCCUGGAACUCCAAGGCCAGUCCCUUCUGAUCCAUAUUCUCAGCCUCCUGGAACUCCAAGGCCAGUCCCUUCUGAUCCAUAUUCCCAGCCUCCUGGAACACCAAGACCUGUCACUUCCGAUCCAUAUUCUCAGCCUCCAGGAACACCACGCCCUGUUGCAUCAGAUCCGUAUUCUCAGCCUCCAGGUACACCAAGGCCUGUUCUCUCAGACCCUUAUUCACAACCUCCUCGAACACCUAGACCUGUCCUCUGUGAUCCUUAUGCUCAGCCACCACGAACACCAAUGCCAGGUAUUCUGGAAAAUUGUUCUCCUGCCAUUAGAGGUGGUUUGCUUCCAAAUCAGGAGCAUUUCAGGCAGACAGCACAUUUACGGGGGCCUUCUAUGCUUGUCCCUUUCGUGAGACCAUCAGACCAAAAUCCACGACCUGCAGGUCCAGGUCCUUCUGAUAUGUUUGGCCAUUCUUCAGCCGGUCUAUCUCAUGAUCCCUAUGACCAGCCUCCAAUGACUCCUCGAAUGCAGGCCGUGGAUGGUUUUGGCGAUGCCACUGAGGUUGUUGAUCCUCAAAGACCAAUAAUAGAGGAAGCUUUUGUUGCACCUGCAGGAAUUAAUGCCAACCCUCAAGUCCAACCAUUUCCUAGCAUGCAGCAAGGCUUGGCUGUAAUCUCAGAUGCACAGAACUCCCUGACCUUGACACAAGCAGAAUCGGAAGAGAAACUAAGACAGCGUCAGAAGCUACGAGAGCUUAUUCUGAGGCAGCAGCAAAGCAAACAUUCAGUGCGUCAGGAGAAGGCCUUGCUGGAUCCGCUGCAGAUACCCCAAGGUGGCCAUCCUACCCAUUGGCAACCGGAAAAUCCUCCUCCUGUCCAAAGCGAAGUCUUCAACAGGCCACCACCUCCUUACCCAGGGAGCAUAAGAGUUUCGUUUGGUCCAAAAGGAAGCCCUCGAUUUCCUGUAUUCCCGAAAGAUCAGCGCGGGCCAUUUCCUGGCAAUGGACAGUUUAACAGACCACCAUUUUCAGGGGAUAUGUCAAGCAUGCGAAUGAGGCCUCCUCAAGGCAACAGAAUGGCUUACCCAAUGGUUGGCCCCGGUUCUGUUUUAGGUCAUGAGCGCUUUGUAGGAAAUCCCUUACAAAUGCAGAUGACGGGCAUGCAACCACAAAUGAGAAGGGAUAUGUCCAUUGAAUUGACCAGACCCGUAGGCAGCACACAAAUGAGCAAUUCUGUUGGUCUCCCUCUGCAUUUUCCUCACCAAGGGAUGCAGCAGCACAGUAUAUCAGGCCAAGCAUACAUUGAACUGCGGCAUAGGCCUCCUGAUGGUAGACCAAGAAUUCUUUUUGCACCUCCAAAUUUGAUGGAUGGCUCCCAAAAUAUUAGACACGGAGGCUUUUUCCCCAGGUCAGAUUGCCAUGGUCAACGGUUGAUGGAUCCAUCUCGAGUUCCACAUCCGGAUCUUCCCAAUCCGAUGCAAAUUCCACCAGAUUUGGAUCAGUUAAUACCUGCUACACCACAGGGACACCUACUACCUUCAGACCAUCAGCCUGUCCUUGUAAUGGGAGGGAUGGAGCCUCCUUCAGGUACUGAAACCUUCUUGCAAUCCUCUUUGCCUCCAAUGAAUUCACACGAGGAAGCCGAUAACCUGCCAAUUGAUGGUCAGACCAAUAGUGGUUUAGAAGUCAAGCUUGACCCAGACGAUCCAUCUGUAAAAGACCUGGAUGUAAAAGAUUUGGUUGGAGUUGAAGUUAAAGACUUGGAUGACGACGACUUGGACAAUAUAAAUUUAGAUGAUGCAAAAGGGGAUGAAUUAGAUGCUCUAGAUAACCUGGAAACCAAUGACCCUCAGCUCGACGACCUUUUAAAGUCAGGAAAAUUUGAUAUUAUCGCUUACACAGACCCGGAGCUAGACCUUGGAGAUAAGAAAGACUUGUUUAACGAGGAUUUGGACUUGGGCGUGCCAAUUGAUGAUAAGCUAGACCUCCCGAGCAAGAGCGAUGACAUCACAACAGAACAACAUGGCAGCCAGGCUACGUCCACUACUUUAUUAUCUGUUCCUCAGGCCAGCGGUGUUUCCCUAGAAUCAAAAGGAGAUCUUAUGUCAUCAAAUUCAAGCGACAGACCAUCCGUCGAAGUCAAGUCUGAACUUGGUGUGGAGGCCAGAACCCAACAGCACGAUGAAAACUCUGCUUCUGUGCCAUUGUGCAGCACCGAGUGCUCGGUUAAAAGAGAAAAGGAAGCACAUCCCAGUGCUCAUAUAUCUGAAGAUGCAAUAGCGCUGCCUGAACAAGAUAUCGGCAGUUCAGGUAACCUUCCCGAAUCAACACCAGUACUUGCAGGCUUGUUAUCAAGUGACAAAUCAGGCAAUGCGGAGGUAGAAAGCUUAGAUUGUGCUCCCGGAGCUGUGGUAGCAACUGAACCAUGUAUUCCUCAAGAUGUAAGAACUUCUGAACAGCUAAUGGAACAGGCUUUAAACCCAUCUAUGACACCAAGACUUAACCAUGGCUUUCCACAAGGGUCCCCCUCUAAAUCUCCCUUUGUAUCCGCUCUGCCAAGUGGCCAUAAUUUUGUCAGCGGGGAGAACCCAAGUCAAACCAUUCCCCUUCCAAAUCAACCUUGUGCUGCCGGCUUGCCUAGUGCUCAGCAACUAAUGCUUCAGCAGAGCCGCGAGAGACCCCUUCUACUGGAGGAGCAGCCGCUUUUACUGCAGGACCUUCUUGAUCAAGAGAGACAGGAGCAGCAGCAGCAACGGCAGAUGCAAGCGAUGAUUCGGCAACGUUCAGAGCCGUUCUUUCCAAAUAUCGAUUUUGACGCAAUCACCGAUCCCAUAAUGAAAGCAAAAAUGGUGGCGCUUAAAGGCAUAAAUAAGGUUAUGGCACAAAACAAUCUGGGGAUCCCGCCCAUGGUGAUUAACCGGUUUCCCUUUAUGGCACAACAGAUGUCUAGUGCACAAGCUCCGGACAGUCAGAGUAUUGUCCAGCAAGCAAUAACUCAGGAUGGAAGCCUCGCUCCACAAAUGACACGGCCCAAUCCACCAAGCUUUGGCCCAGGCUUUGUCAAUGAUUCUCAGAAAAAGAAGUACGAAGAUUGGCUCCAAGAGACCCAGCAGCUCCUCCAGAUCCAGCAGAAGUUCCUAGAAGAACAGAUCGGAGCUCAUAGAAAAUCUAAGAAGGCCCUUUCAGCCAAACAGAGGGCUGCAAAAAAGACAGGCCGAGAGUUCCCAGAAGAGGACGCCGAGCAGCUAAAACAAGUUACUGAGCAACAGAGUAUGGUGCAGAAACAACUGGAACAGAUACGAAAGCAGCAGAAAGAACACACCGAACUCAUCGAAGAAUAUAGAACUAAGCAACAUCAGCAGUUUUCAAUCACCCCGAUGAUUCCUGGGGGCCAACACCAACAGCCUGUGAUGCCUGGGGGAGCUCCAACCUCUGUCAAUCCGCAGAACUUCCCUCUGGCCCAAACACUACAUCCCCAAGCACCGGUGAUACUUGGCCAGGCCAACCCGUCCAGAAUGCCAAGUUUACCAGGAUGGCAGGCUCCCAACGCUCCCCGAGCUCUUGUCCAACCUAACGCUCCUCGGGCGCAGCGCCCCACGAAUGCCGAUGUGGCAAAUUCUAAUCCCAAUGCUCCGCCUAGGGUGGAAUUCGAUGACAACAACCCUUUUAGUGAAACCUUUCAAGAGCGGGAACGCAAGGAGCGCCUGCGGGAGCAGCAAGAACGCCAGCGUAUUCAGCUCAUGCAAGAGGUGGAUCGGCAAAGAGUUCUGCAACAGAGGCUGGAAAUGGAGCAGCACGGCAUGAUUGGGCCUGACCUCAAUAAUGGAUCUUUGUCUCAAAUGCCUUUUUUCAGUUCUGAAUUGCCCAGUGAUUUCAUGCAGCUCCCACAGCCUUCACAGCAGCCGCCACAAGCAUCUCAUACGAUGCCACAGCAAAACCUACAGCAGGGACUUGUGAAUUCUCCCCCAGCCGCCAAUUUUAUCCAGACUGCUGAGAGAAGCCCAAUGGGAUUGUCUCCCUUUGGGCAAGGUGCCCAGCCCGUUCAGUCCGUUCAACAAUCUCCUGGCAGUAUUCUCAGUACUGGGCAUGCAAAGCCUCCAUUUGCCUCAAGUGUUCCCUCUGCAUCUCCUGCAGCUGAUAAUGGUCAUUCCUCUGAGCAGGACAACUCUAACACGUCAAGCCACCAAGCUCCCAGUCAGUCCCUUAUCCAGUUAUAUUCAGCCAUCAUUCCUGAGGAGAAAGGCAAGAAGAAACGACAGAGGAAGAAGAAGAAGGAUGAUGAAACCGAGUCUGUUAAGUCCCCUUCCACUCCCCGUUCCGACAUGACCGCUCCUCUCACGCCAAGUCUCUCAGAAGCAUCCACGCCAACGGUGACCGCUCCAAACGAUCUCGCUUAUCAAGCAGAACACCCCAACGAUUUCAUUCGCUCCUCAACUCCAAAUGUGACCGGUAACACCGCCGUGGAAUUGGAAGAUCCCCUGGUUCCUGCUGAUGUAAAACAAAGAUUAUUUCAGGAGCCCAACCCUGAACGUACAGCGGCAGGGCAGCAUCACACAACAGAGGCUCUCAAAAUCCAGAACAUUAAAUUGGAACGGGCCGACGAAGAUCAGGCUGUUGAAGCGGCACAGGAGGAGGGGAAAAUGGAAGAAAACAAAGCCACAUCGCACAAUGCACUUUCAAUGGACAUUACUUCUCAGCCGGCAAGCGGCCCCUCAGGAAAACUGGAAUCUGGAAACGAAUUGCUCAAGCACUUGCUGAAAAAUAAAAAGGAUCCAUUCAUGUUGCACCAGAAAUCCGAAGAAAGCCUAAGGUCAGAAGAGCACUGCCCCCUCAAUGUUAAGGUGCCGGAGAUGCAGGGCCACUUGAACUCUCUGCAAAUGCCAGAAAAUAAAGAACCCGGCUGUUUUAACCUCAAUCAAAGCUUGUUCCAAAAAUCAGAAUUUGAGAUGGAAAAAAAGAAACCGAGGAACAAACGAGUACAGAGAUCAGAGGGGAAAGCCACCCCGCGCUCAAAAAAGAGGAAAAAGGAUGAGGAGCAGAAGUCAGCUAUUUAUGCCAAUGCCGAGACGUUCACCCAGAUCAAACAGCAGCUGUCCCUUCUUCCGUUAAUCGAGCCCAUCGUAGGAAUGAACAUUGCACAAUUUCUUCCCUAUGGGGCUGGAUCAGUUUGCACAGGAAGCCGUCUCCAUGGUACCUUUGGCAGUGCCUCCCUAGAAGGGGUGUCAGACUAUUAUUCCCAGCUAAUAUUCAAGCAAAAUAAUCUGAGUAAUCCGCCUACACCGCCAGCCUCCCUUCCCCCUACUCCUCCGCCCGUGUCCUGUCAGAAACUGGUGAAUGGAUUUGCCACAACUGAAGAGCUGGCAGGGAAGGCAGCGAUUUUAGGCGGGCACGUUACCAAAGCCCUGGGCCCCAAACAAUUUCAGCUGCCUUUCAGGACACAGGAUGAUCUGAUAGCAAGAGCCAUGACCCAGGGACCAAAAUCCGUGGAUGUCCCUGCAUCCCUGCCCACCCCGCCCCAUAAUAAUCAGGAGGAGUUAAGGGCUCAGGAUCACUGUGAUUCCAGGGAUAGCCCUGACAGCUUUGUGCCCUCCUCAUCACCUGAGAGUGUGGUUGGAAUAGAAAUCAGGAGAUACCCCGACUUGUCCCUUGUGAAAGAAGAGCCGCCGGACCCCGCUCAAUCUCCUAUCAUUCCCAUCCUUCCUAGCAGCAUGGGUAAAGGUUCUGUGCUCCGGGAUUGUGCGUUUAAGACUGAACCCCCACCAGGAACAAUGUUCUUUGGACCACAGUUUGUUCAGGCGCCCAGUGGCCCUAAAACGGGUCUGAUCUCCGUGGCCAUCACUUUACAUCCUACAGCAGCUGAGAACAUCAGUGGGGUUGUUGCUGCCUUCGCGGACCUUCUGCAAGUCCAGAUUCCCACUAGUUACGAAGUGAGCAAUGCCCGCGAGCCUGGCUCUGUCAUCUUGAUGAACGGCCACAGACUGAAUCCUAAUAUGGACUACAGGCAGCAGUUUUUCCGCCAACGGCCAAGACCAGGACCCCUGCCCCCAGGAAGACUGAUUGGUCCCUAUGGGCUGAGACCGCAAAACCUGCCUUUUCUUUCAUCUGAUAAUGGGUUCAGACAUAACAACUCAAACAUAGAAUCAUCUCCAGUGCUUAAACCUUCCUGGUGCUGUCACUGCAAAGUGGUCGUUUUGGGAUGUGGCGUUAGAAAAUCCAUGAAGGACCUGAGUUUUUUUAAGCAGGAGUGUCUGCGGAGCCCAGGGAGAAUGGAUGGGAACCUGGUGUUCUGUAGUAACAACUGCUUCCUGCUCUAUUCAGCUGCCCAAUCAAAACACCUGGAGGCCAAGCGCCCGGAUCCAUCCUUCUUGCCACCAUCUGUAAAGGAAGCACAACCCAAAUCAUGCCAUCAGUACAACACCAACACUUCCACCCUAGAUGUUCAUUGCCUUCCUUUGCUGCAGGAAAAGAGCUCGCCGCCCACCUCCCCUCCAAUAUCAUUCCCUCCGGCUGCUUUCCAAACCGCCAAAGUCGAGGCGAAACCAGACGAACUGAAAGUGACCGUGAAGUUAAAGCCGCGGCCCAGAGCCGUUCACGGCGGCUACGACGACUGCCGUCCCGCCAGCAAGAAGUGGAGAGGAAUGAAGUGGAAGAAAUGGAGCGUGCAGAUCGUGAUCCCCAAGAUGCCUUUCAAGCCUCAGUGCGAGAACGAGUUGGCGGAAAUGUUCCGGCGGCUGGGAACGUCGCUCAAACCCCACCCGCUGUGCAAAGACUACCGCAAAUGCUGUUUCUGCCACGAAGAAGGGGACGGGUUAACGGACGGGUCAGCGAGGCUCCUCAAUCUGGACCUCGACCUCUGGGUCCAUUUGAACUGCGCCCUUUGGUCAACCGAGGUCUACGAAACGCAGGCCGGCGCUUUAAUUAACGUGGAGCUGGCAUUGCGGCGCGGCCUGCAGAUGAAGUGCGGGUUCUGCCACAAGACCGGGGCCACCAGCAGUUGUCACAGGUUACGGUGCACCAAUAUUUAUCACUUUACCUGCGCCAUUAAAGCACAAUGCAUGUUUUUUAAAGAUAAGACGAUGCUUUGCACCAUGCACAAGCCGAAAGGGCUGCACGAGCAGGAACUCACCUACUUCGCCGUCUUUCGGCGGGUUUAUGUACAGCGGGACGAGGUGCGACAGAUAGCCAGCAUAGUCCAGAGAGGGGAGCGAGACCACACUUUCCGAGUCGGAAGUCUCAUCUUCCACGCCAUUGGACAGCUGUUGCCUCAGCAAAUGCAGAACUUCCAUUCGGCAACAGCGCUCUUCCCCGUCGGGUUUGAAGCCAGCCGGCUGUACUGGAGCAUGCGAUACGCCAACAGGCGGUGCCGCUACCUGUGCUCCAUCGAAGAGAACGACGGCCUGCCCUUGUUUGUGGUGCGGGUCAUUGAACCUGGCCAUGAAGAACUGGUUCUCAUGGAUUCCUCACUCAAAGGUGUUUGGGACAAGAUUUUGGAGCCGGUUGCAAACUGCAGGAAGGGUUCGGAGAUUCUCAGGCUGUUCCCAGUGUUCUUGAAAGGGGAAGAUCUUUAUGGGUUAACGGCCUCCGCUGUGACAAGGAUAGCAGAGUCUCUUCCUGGCGUGGAGGCCUGCGAGAACUACACAUUCCGUUAUGGCCGAAAUCCGCUAAUGGAGCUCCCCUUGGCUAUCAACCCCUCCGGCUCCGCCCGCUCAGAACCCAAAAUGAACUCUCAUGUCAAGAGGUUUGUGUUAAGGCCUCACACCUUGAAUAGCACCAGCACUUCCAAGUCCUUUCAGAGCACAGUAACCGGAGAGCUGAAUGCGCCCUACAGCAAGCAGUUUGUCCACUCCAAAUCUUCUCAGUACCGGAAAAUGAAGACUGAAUGGAAAUCUAAUGUGUACCUGGCCCGAUCUCGCAUUCAGGGUCUGGGCUUAUAUGCUGCUAGAGACAUUGAAAAGCACACAAUGGUCAUUGAAUACAUUGGAACAAUUAUACGCAAUGAAGUAGCCAAUAGAAAGGAGAAGCUUUACGAGUCACAGAAUCGCGGUGUGUACAUGUUCCGCAUUGAUAAUGAGCAUGUCAUCGACGCAACCCUGACGGGGGGACCUGCAAGGUACAUUAAUCACUCGUGUGCGCCUAAUUGUGUGGCUGAAGUGGUGACCUUCGAGAAGGGGCACAGGAUUAUAAUCAGCUCCAAUCGCAGGAUACAGAAGGGCGAAGAGCUCUCCUACGACUAUAAGUUUGAUUUUGAAGACGACCAGCACAAAAUUCCCUGUCACUGCGGUGCUGUCAACUGCCGGAAAUGGAUGAACUAACGGCAUUCCUUGCUCCUCCCCUCGUCCCUUAUAUGUGAAAUACCAAGUCAGUCGUCGCCGCCGCCGAGGGAGGAGCAACAUGGCUGCCAUCCGCGGAGCUUCCCGUUGGCCGGCUGCUCAUAGAGCACUUCUCUGCUUUGAGCUCACUGAAGAAUUUCGUUUUUAGCUGGGUUACGGAAACAAAAACUAAAAAAAACAAAAAAAAAAAAAUAAACAAGAUGGCGGGUGGGCUGAACCCAUGAAUGUAAGACUGAGAUCACCAGCGACGCGAGACGCCCAAGUGCUAUCUGAAUAAAGGGGCAGGCCCUCUAGUACGUAGGCACCACUGAACAAGGAAUGUACUGAAACUCGAUAACUUGCACUAAAUACAAAUACUUGAUUCCAUGAGUCAGUUUAUUGUAGGCUUUUGUUUUGUUUUUUCUUAUUUCUGUAAUAUAAGAGCAACUUUUUGUAUUUAUUAUUAUCGGAGAACUGAAUGAAGCUAUUUUUUAAACAAAAAAAAAACGAGAAAGAAAGCCAAGCUGCUGCUGUUACCUGCAGAAUCGCCCGAAAUCAUGUUACUUUGUACAUAGGUGUAAAUAUUUUGCAAAUAGAAAUUGUAUAAAAUUUAAGAAAAAAAAAAAAAAAAAUUUAGUGAUUGACCAAAUGCAGCCCAACCCCCUGCAGCCGCUUUGGGGAUUUACGUAGGGAUGUUACAAUACGACCUUAACGCCAUGUUCCUUGGUAACUGAAUAACCAAAACUUUCUACGAGAAGAAUAUUUUUGUUUAGACGGAAACGGAAGUAACUGAAAUUUGUGUUCGAAAAAAAAAAAAAAAAAAAUCGCUUCUGGAAGCGGCGACGGCGCGUCUGUUUCUUUCCCGUCUCAGCGCAGCUUUGAUUUCACAUUUCAUUUCACGUCGUGACGUCCCUUUUCCUUGUCGGGUUUUUGUUGGCGUUUUUGAAUUUUAUUUUUUUUUUUUUCAUAAUUUUUGUAAUAACUGUGAAUGACCCCCCAAAGCGCCGGGGCUUUUUCUUUUCUCCCAUUCAGCGUGAUUAUUAGGUCACCCACGUAGUAUCAUAAAAACCUCAUCAAUGACGUCGCUUUCCGGUAAAAAAAAAAAAAAAAAAAAUAAUUUUGAAAUAAAAUGAUUUGUGCAAAACUAGAAAAGUUUUUGUUUUUUUUAAAAAAAUCUAUAAAAUUAGAUUUAAUGGAAUUUCUAAUUUAAAAACAAAAAAAACCCGUUUGGAUUGUUUUUUGUUUACAUUUUAUGAAAAAAAAAGAUAGUUUUGUGUUUGCUUGACCUUUAAUACAGACUUUUUUUUUUUUUCCUCAUGCGUUUUAUUUUGUUUUUGUUUUUUCUUAAAAAUUCCGGUACUGACAACGUCACUCGCUGAAUAUAAAACGAAGCUUUUUAUUUGUGUGCACAAUACGAGUGGGCCGUGUGGGUUGGACGGACCCGGUCACAUGGUCUGGGGACUGUAAUGUAAAUGGCAUGAUGUAUUUUUUAUCUUUCAGAGGAAAUCAAUUGUAUAUAUUUUUCUCUUGAUAAAUCGAUGUAUGAAAUUGUUUCUGAAUAUUUUUCUUCUUGUAAAAUAUCCCAACAUGCACCAGUAUUUGUCCUUUUUUUUUUUCCUGUCCUGUAAAAUAGUAUCUAAUGUUGGCAAACAGAUUUCUUUUUUUUGGAGUAUAAAGAGUGUUAUGGGUUUUGGAAUUUGUGGAAACAGAUUUAGAAGAUCGGCAUUUACAAAUAAAAAUAUUUUACAACUAUAAAA